AUGGAGACAAAACCUAUCGACUUUGGGGAUAUCUACGAGAUCACCAUCCCUCAAGACAUCGCCACCCGCAACUUUAACGAUUUGGAAAACGAAGGGGGCUGGUGUGAUCUUCGGAUGGAGGGGAAGGCGUGCUACGAGUAUCUGGACUGCAUGGCGAGGGCGGAGCUUGAUUACGCUACCGAGACGCACGCGUACAAUUGGUGGGGGGGAGGAAAGGGUCUGAAGGUUAUUGUCCCCCAGUUUAAUGGGAAUUUUACUUUUGAGGUGGAGACGCACGUCCCGGAGAGGACGGCGAAGUGGGUGAGGAUGGUGUUGAUGGAUCAUUACAAGGGGGCGUAG